AUGGCAGGAAAAGCUGCCUCGAACAAGGAGCUCCCUCUUGCGAGGGUAGUUCUCUGUUUCACGUCCAUUCUUCCGGAAAUGCGGACUGAGCUGGUCACCAUUGCAGGUCAGAUGGGCGCGGGCCAUAACUAUGACCUCACAUCCGAAGUUACCCAUUUGCUAGUCGGCGACACCAGCACCCCGAAAUACAAGUACGUCGCACGCGAGCGGCCAGACGUGGUGGUGCUUCAACCAGAAUGGGUAGAGGCAGUGCGUCAGUCGUGGAUGAAGGGUGGGGAUACCAACAUACGUGAUCUGGAAGACAAAUAUAAGCUGCCAACUUUUGCCGGUACCGCGAUCUGCACAACGGGCUUUGGCGACAUGGAAAUGCGAAAUCACAUUCGUACCCAAGUCCAAUUCCAUGGCGGCCAAUUCAGCCGAGACCUAACGAAAGCAAUGACGCACCUUAUUGCGAGAAGCGCAGAAGGCGAGAAGUACAAAUUCGCGACGCAAUGGAAUGUCAAGGUGGUCACCCUCAAAUGGUUCACCGACAGCAUCGAGCGUGGAAUGAUUCUUGAGGAGACCUUAUACCAUCCCUUAUUACCGCCGGAAAAGCAGGGUUCUGGAGCCUGGAAUCGCUCUUUACCCGCACCUAAGAAGAAAGAGUCAGAUACAGAAGGCUCAUCAGGAGCCCGGCCACGAAAGCUGCGCAGGAUAGCGAGCGCCAAACUUGGCGAUCAAAACGAAAACAUCUGGGGUGAUAUCAUUGGCAUGGGCUUUGAAACUGCAGAACCAAAGCCACCGAGGGAAAAGCAAGAACCAAAUGAGCGGAAACAAAAGGCUUCUUCUACAGUCCAGAUAGCCAAAUCCUUCGCCAGCGAAACCACUGGCACACUUUCGCAACCCCGCGAACCAGCAGGAGAACCAUCCAUCGAUCGCCGAAAUGGGUUCUUGGAUGGCUGCUUCUUCUUAAUUCAUGGAUUUUCCUCAAAACAGACCAAUGUAUUGCGGAACCAUCUCUCAUUCAAUGGUGCCCAGUUGAUAGAUUCCCCCGGCGACUUCUCCCGACCAGAUAUACCAAAGCAGGGCCAUGGCCUUUACAUCAUUGUCCCUUACAAGACUCCACGUUCCAGUGCUCCAUCCACAGAUGACCUAGCUUUUGAGUGUGAAGUUGUGACGGAUAUGUGGCUAGAAAGGUGCCUCGAUUCAAAGACCUUAGUUACUCCCGAAUCCCAUAUUGCAAAUACACCGAUACCUUCAUUCCCUGUCAAGGGGCUAUCGGGCAUGAACAUAUGCUCCACUGGAUUCUCACGCAUCGACCUUCUACAUUUAUCGAAGCUUGUUACUCUAGUUGGCGCCACAUAUAAUGAGUAUUUAAAGCCCACGGCAUCUGUGCUCAUAUGCAACGGGUCAGCAUCCUCGAACCACGAGAAACUACGCCAUACUCAUGAAUGGGGAGUCCCAGCGGUAACUGUUGAUUGGCUGUGGAGCUCUAUCCGACAAGAGAAGAAGCAACCUUUCGAGCCAUAUACCGUUCGGAAACAAUCGACACAAGGCAGCAAAGAUCCAGAAACGCGGACUGGCUCUCGUCCAGAGACCAAGCGGCCCUCCGAACAGACCGCGAAGGAAAAGGAAACAAGACAAACCAUCCACGAAAGCCCUCCGAAGGUGGCCCCAAGCAAACUUACGCAUAAGCAAGACUCAAAACAACAAAAACCUCCAACGGAGCCUCCACCCAAAACCGACGAAAACGGGGUGAAAUCCCCACCAGCAAAACGCAAAUACGCGGACCAACCAUCAGAAACAGACUCUUCCACAAAAUUUGCCUUCGACCUUGCUGUAGGGGGCCUCCUGAAAAAUGCACGAACGGCGACCUCGCGUUCAAACCCCGAGCCGACUGGAGACCACGACAGAAUACGCUCAAGGCGAUCAAGGCCGCUCCUUGGGCGUGCCCAGUCGAACUCCUCAGCUCGCGCGGCUGAGCAGCAAAAGACCUUCUCUCGAGCAAGCUCCAUCGAUACACUCAAUGAAGAUGGUUGUGGGAGCGCGAUUGAGAGUAUACAUACGGAUGGCGGUAUUCCUUCGCUUGGAAACAGUGGUCGGUUUGACUUUGAGUACCGCGACAAUGAACUUGAACGGGGCGCUGAGGGUACAGAAGAUGAGACUCCGCCAAUGACACAGUUGAAUUACGAGGAUCCCGAUGCUGUAGAGAUGAGGGAGAAGUUUCUUCGACAUGCUGGCAAGGUUGUGAAGGAGCCAGCGAAGAAGCAAGAUUUAGUUGUUGGGGAAGUUCGGGAUUUGGAAGCGACUGGGUGGGGGACUGGACGGAGAACGCGGAAUGCGAACAAGACUACAAUUGUGGAAGAUGAUGAUUUUUAA